AUGGCUAAGGGUAAAGGUAAAAAGAAGGCAGUUGUUGAUGUGUUUGCUCGUCUAGGCAAAUUCCAGCCGGUUGGGAUACUGAAUACCAAUGAAGCAAUAGAAACAGCAGAUGCAGAAGUGGUGGAUACGGUUCUUACCAUUUCACCUCCCAUCCCCCGUGUGGAAGUAGGAAUUGGGCUUCAGUUCCGUUGUAGCGUUCCUAUUCUUGAGGGUGAUGUCAUUCAGCUCUCAUUGCCGGGUUUUAAGGCAAAACCAACCGUCUUUACUGCGGAAUGUUUGGACUCACAAGGGGGGCUGCUACCCACUUACUUUCAAGGUUUUUGGACUGGGGAUGGCGUAAGGGGUGACAAGAGGGCGUCACAAAAACAAACAGUAUUACUUAAGUGCGUCCGGCGUAUAGAAAUGGAUCAACAUGUUUCAAUUUCCAUUCCAUUUGCACUCGGAUUGGUUUCCCCUGAUAAGGUCGCGCUGAAUGCCUCUAAGUUUAAGAUACGUGGCGAUGUCGUGCAUGCUCAGGAUGGGAAAAUAUUAAAGCAAGUUAUCCUUUCGACACAGGAGGUUAAAAAGCGACCGGUGAUUGAGGAAAUCAACGAGUAUAAGAAUCUCAUGCUUGUGAUGGACAAAGCAGGUGAUCUCGAAAAAGAUGAUCAAUUCGCCGGUGAAGAGCUCUCAGUUGAGGAAUUGGAUCACAUAACCGAGUCCGCAUAUGCGCGCUGUCCAUAUCCGGUAGGAUUUCAGUGGCAUAUCGCCGUAGAGGUGUUUCACGAGUAUGAAGAGUGUGGUCUGCUAUUGAAAACUCUUAUGGAGGGCGCAAUUUCCUCUGUCAAAAAGCGGGACAAACUUUCAUUGCAGCGUGAGAUAGCAAAGAACCUUGGUCUGAAGGUUGGUGCCGUCAUUGUUUUCCAGGAUGUGCUGAAUAUGUUGUACGGGUCGCUGUACCCAAACUUUUCCAGUCCCGUGCUUUUAGUCAUUCGCCUUCUCACAAUGGAGCCCAUCGAUAUUGCGCGAACAUUUUUGGUGGAUCCCCCACAAUUAUCCGUAGCGCAAGAGAUUUACAGUUAUUUUCGUAUUGGGGAUGCGGAGGGAAUGAAGAAGUGGGAAUAUACCGCCUCUGUGUUGCUGCUGGUCCUGCACAGGGAAUCGCCUUCCGCACCGCCGCACACGGCUCGCCCUCCAUUGUUUUAUGGUGUGAAGGAAUUACCACAAGAGGAGCUUCGAUACUUACGAAGCAUACCUGACGGUGAUUGGUAUAUGUUUCCAUGCUUUACAAUGGUACGACCAAAUGUUAACUGGUUGGAUGAAGAGGCGUUCGCAGUACCGGAUAGCGCCGUUCUGUUUGAAAUCCACGACGUCACCGAUGCGGUGGAAAUAUGUGAUAUCUCCAUGCACCCGUACGAUCGGGAAUGGCUCCUCCCGAUGUGUUCCAUGUUUCGCGUCAAAAGUAUCACCGCAUAUGACGAUCGCAACGGCUUGACACAUGUUGUACUCUCUUCAAUAGGUUGUCUCCACGGUAGCGUAAAAGAUGCUGUUAUUCCGGAAGAUGACCAGGCAGUGGCUAAGGUGGUCGCCAAGAAGCUUCGUGGGGAAAUGCUAGAGGUUGCUCGACGGUCGCGUUAUGUCGCGAUUCAUUCAUAUUUGACCGUCCGUAUGCAAGACCGUCUUCGGCUCAAUCCUGCAACGCUUGUUCGCGCACAAUAUGUAGAUCAUUACUUUGAAGUUAAACGUAGCUCUCAGGUAAAGAGCACGAUAGAGGAUGGAAGUGUGAACUGGCAGGUUUGCACAAAUCCAGUGCAGAUGAUUGAUCCCGUUGAGGGCGUUAUUAAGCACGCCAUGUGGGAGUCCAUGCCUCGAAGGUUCGCCUUGCUGACGGAGCACUCGUUUCUUUCGAGGACGCGGCACAAGAAAACUUUCGAACUUAACGGCAUUACUUUAGAUUUUGUCAGUUUUACAUGCGAUUAUGGCGGAAAGGGCCCACGGUCCAUUCGAAGACUGGUGCGGAAGCGUGUGAGUCAUGAAGGCCCACUGCCAGUUCUCCCUGAGUUGGUUAAGUAA